UUUUUUGUUGCAGGAAAAACAGGCAGUAUCGUAUUGGGCUGUAUUAAUAGGAGUGUCACCUACUAGUCAAGGGAAGAGAGUCUUCUGUCUUGUCAAACACAGGUGAUUCAUGGCAGGGGACGUGGAAGGGUUUAGCUCCUCUAUCCAUGACACCAGCGUCUCUGCUGGGUUCAGAGCACUGUAUGAGGAAGGAUUGCUUCUUGAUGUCACUCUUGUCAUUGAAGACCACCAGUUUCAGGCACACAAAGCACUGCUUGCCACCCAAAGUGAUUACUUCAGGAUUAUGUUCACAGCAGACAUGCGGGAACGUGAUCAGGACAAAAUCCAUUUGAAAGGUCUCACUGCCACAGGCUUCAGCCAUGUCCUCCAAUUCAUGUACUAUGGAACUAUUGAACUGAGUAUGAACACUGUUCAUGAGAUCCUGCAGGCUGCCAUGUAUGUUCAGCUUAUAGAGGUGGUGAAGUUCUGCUGUUCUUUUCUCUUAGCAAAAAUCUGCUUAGAAAACUGUGCAGAAAUUAUGAGACUCUUAGAUGAUUUUGGUGUAAACAUUGAGGGAGUCAGAGAAAAGUUGGACUCCUUUCUGUUAGAAAAUUUUGUGCCACUCAUGUCCCGACCCGAUUUCCUGUCAUAUCUGACCUUUGAAAAGCUCAUGUCUUACUUGGAUAAUGAUCAUCUGAGCAGGUUUCCAGAGAUAGAACUGUACGAGGCUGUUCAGGCUUGGCUGCGGCAUGAUAGAAGACGCUGGAGGCAUACGGACACCAUCAUUCAGAACAUCAGGUUUUGUUUGAUGACACCAUCCAGUGUUUUUGAGAAGGUAAAAACAUCAGAAUUUUAUCGAUACUCCCGGCAGCUGCGACAGGAGGUUGACCAAGCCAUGAAUUACUUUCAUAAUGCUCACCAACAGCCUUUGAUGGAAAUGAAAUCGAACAGAAUUCGUUCUGCCAAGCCACAGACUGCAGUAUUUAGAGGAAUGAUAGGACACAGCAUGGUAAAUAGCAAAAUUCUUCUCUUGCACAAACCAAGGGUCUGGUGGGAGCUAGAAGGUCCUCAAGUACCUUUGCGACCAGACUGUCUUGCUAUUGUUAAUAACUUUGUGUUCUUGUUAGGCGGGGAAGAAUUGGGGCCAGAUGGUGAGUUUCAUGCUUCAUCCAAAGUAUUUAGAUAUGACCCAAGACAAAAUUCUUGGUUGCGAAUGGCAGACAUGUCUGUUCCACGUUCAGAGUUUGCUGUUGGCGUUAUUGGGAGAUACAUUUAUGCAGUGGCUGGGCGAACCAGGGAUGAAACAUUUUAUUCAACUGAGCGGUAUGAUAUCACUGAAGACAGGUGGGAAUUUGUGGAUCCCUAUCCAGUCAAUAAAUACGGACAUGAAGGAACUGUGCUGACUAACAAAUUGUACAUCACUGGUGGAAUUACAUCAUCUUCAACUUCUAAACAAGUGUGUGUGUUUGACCCAAGUAAGGAAGGGACGGUGGAACAGCGAACAAGGAGAACUCAAGUGGUCACUAACUGUUGGGAGAACAAAUGCAAAAUGAAUUAUGCAAGGUGCUUUCACAAAAUGAUUUCCUAUAAUGGUAAGCUGUAUGUCUUUGGUGGUGUCUGUGUGAUCCUGAGGGCCUCCUUUGAGUCUCAGGGGUGUCCCUCUACAGAGGUUUAUGACCCAGACACUGAUCAGUGGACUAUUUUGGCUUCUAUGCCAAUUGGUCGGAGUGGUCAUGGUGUAGCUGUUUUGGACAAACAGAUAAUGGUCCUUGGAGGCCUCUGUUACAAUGGUCAUUACAGUGAUUCGAUUCUCACCUUUGAUCCAGAGGAAAACAAAUGGAAAGAAGAUGAAUACCCCCGGAUGCCCUGCAAGCUGGAUGGCUUACAAGUGUGCAGCUUGCACUUUCCUGAAUAUGUACUGGAGCAUGUUAGACGUUGCAGCUAAAACAAAGCAAAAAAGCCCAAUACAAAAAUUAUUCUUUAUUUUACAGGGAAUUGAAGCAGAUUUAAAUCCUUUGAAGACAUUCAUUUGUAAACUUCUGUUAAGUUCAUAGAGAAAUGGGGUAUACAGGGAAAGCAUCUACCACAUGGAUUAGAAAUGCUAAUAACUGGUCUGGUAUUGUGAAAGGUUUGUUUUUUAAACCUACAUCAUUAGUCUAUGUAGGGGAAAAGGAGAAAAAUCUAUUUUUCAAUGUGCUUACUUUUUCUUCCUCUUUCUUUGUGGCCUUUUAUGACCAUGCAAUAAGUUUGUUCUGUUUGAUGGCCGUCACAGAAUCAUGCUUCUGGAACCAAUUGACUAUAGUGAACCAUUUAUGGGAAGGGGGACGGGGCGAGGAUAGAUAUUGUGCGUUUUUAUUUUCUUAUUUUAUUAAAUGUCAAAAUAGGAUACAGCAGCCUUACGAGGGAAAGACUUAACUUAAAAAGCAGUGAAAAUACUCUCAUUUUGUUCAUGUAAGCUGUCUUUAACCAUUUUCCCACCAUUUGACUAUUUGCAGUCCAGUUAGACAUUAUCAUUUUUUCCUCCAUAAAUACAUUUAAAAAUGGUCUUAAACUUUUUGCAUGGCUUUUUCUGGUUUUGUGUAGCCGUACCAGUAAGUCUGUCAAAAUGCAAAUGAUACAUUUUUCUACUAAAUUGAAAAUGAAACACUUUUUUAUACUUAAAACACUCUUUCUAUGCUGCCUUCUAUCGUCUGCAUUGUGUUUGUUGGUGCGUAAAAUAUAUACACACACGCAUACACUUUUAAGAUCUAUAUAUAUAAUGCAUCUUUUUAUGUGCAGGUAGGAUAUUCUACUUUAACUAGUGCACAGAUUCAGCCAUAUCUGGUGAAUUUUAGAUAUAGUAGUAUCCUUUAAUGAAUUAAAUAUUGACAAAAUUCUUAAAUUACUGGAGGCCUCGUUUGGUAUCAAAGUAGCUUAUCUUUAGUAUAUACUGAGUGAUUCAGUCACAUAUAAAAUCUUUAUAAUAAUGAUGCAUAAUGAGCUGUUAACAAUUUGACAUUUUAUAAGUUAUUUUUAAAAAAUAAAUAUCUUACUCAAGUUUCAGUCCUUCAAUUUUGAACAUUGCCCAUUUUUUAACAGAAAUCAGAGAUGUGUUAGUAAGCAUGAACAAUCCUGCAUUAAUGUCCAGUUAUUUUCAGAACUGAGUAUAGUAUAAUUUAUUUUUAACAAUGGCAUUGCUUGUAAUGGUAUUGAAGCAACAAAAUCUUUUUUCUUUCUGGCCCCAAUUGUCAACUGACAUGAACUAUUGUGUUUUUAAAACGUAGAGUUUGGUAAUUGGACACCAUCUACCAUUUCUUCUCCUUUUUACAAGCCAAUCCACAAAACUGUAGAUACUGACUUUAUCUCCCCUGAAUUGAGAUUUGUGAUUCAGAGGAGCCUAAGUAACUGCAGCAUGUUGCAGCACUUUUUUAACUUGUUUGAUUUUUGCUGACAGAUGGGUGAGAAUAUCCACAAGUAUAACCACGGUUAAAAAGUUCAAAUCCUAAUUCAUCUGUGCUCAUGUGAAAUGAGCAUCUUUUAGAAUCAAGAGGAAAAAUGUUGGCCCUGAGAAGUUCAAGGCUGACAUCAACCUCAGAUACACAGAUGCAAACUGCUGAGAUAAACACCUGCGUAACUUGUGAAGUAUGAUGUUUGUGUGCUUCAUGUAUGCAGUAGAUUUUAGAAGAUAGUGCGUAUAAUGGUUGAGAAUUAAUUUUGAUUUUAGCAUCUCCCAACCAGAAGUCACUGUAGAAAAGGAAUGUACAGUACUCAGGGAGUUCAAAGCAAUGCACUUACAAGGGACCAAAUACACCCCAAAUUUACUGUGGUAAAAUGCAACUAAUUUAUUUGGCUAGACUAAAUUAGAAAUGGCUAAUGGAAAUAAACCUAUUUUGUGAUGGGUACUAUGCUUACCUUUAAUGUUAUUUUUUGUUUCCUUGUAAUAAUAUUUUUUCCAAGCUUUCAGUUUAAGAUAUGUGAGGAUAUGGAGAUAUGCAUGGCAAAUUUGCAGAUUUUACUUUAUUUUUUUAAUUUGCACUGAUUCUACAAAAUAGAAUUAUUUCUGUAGUAUUUCAUUGAAAGAGAGAGGAUACACAACUAUAAUUGCAAUGUUAAAAGUUGUCUAAGCCAACCUUUGGCUGGACCAAAUGUUGACAUCUAGUCUUCCAAUAUAGACUAAGGCCUAAAAUUAAAUGUAAAUAUCUGCUUUUUGUUAUCCAGUAUUUUCCAGUUUCCAAAAUGUGAGUUGUAAGUUGUUGUUCUCAAAAAUAUUUUUUUUGGCAUAUAUCAAAGCUCCCAUCUUUCCAUGAAAUUUAUGCUCGGGUAUAAAGGUCCACUGGUAUCAGUAGGGCUCUAAGCUUAUAUGCAGGUGCCUACAUUCAUCUGAUUGAAGAAUCAGGGCUCAAGAAAUGUUAUCUCAUAUUUUCCCCCGGUUCUUGCUCCUGCUAUAAUUAGGUAAUUUCCUAACAUGUUAACUAUAUUAAGUAGCAAAGAAUAAUUCUGCUUCCUAGUUAGGCUUGUACAAUCCCUUCUUGAAUCCCUUAAUGUAUAGUCCCUUUAUGAAUAAUAUGGCUGACUUCACCCUGUUCAUCUUGGGGUGAUCCAGGGACUUGGUGUGGUUCUAGAAAUUUGGUCUUUUGUGAGUCCAGUAUAUUAGAAUAAAGAGAAAUGGCCAAGGUUGUUGAAUGGAUGUAUAGGGUUAUGUUCCUGAGUCUGUGUUUAAGCACUUGCUUAAGUAGCCAGAUCCUGUGGAGUCCUGAAAAGUCAUCGGUACCCACUACAGUUGAAAGGGAAUUCACUUUUGAAAACCAGAGCAUGUAUGUAGGUGAUGUAUUUUAAUUAAAUCCAGGCUUAACUUGAGGCACCAUAUUUUGGAAAUUCUGCUCAAAGCUAGUAAAACUAAUCCUGUAAAAUCCUAACUUGAACUACCUUGGUUUCAGCUUCACUGAAAUUGUCUCAACUAAGGUGCUGGCUGUAACUAUCUGAGCAUUAGGAAUGACUGGAACUGCUAGAUUUCAGAAUGGAUUGAAUAUGUAAGACUGUUUUGUUGUAUUUUACCAUGCUUAUUUCAAACAUGAAAUAUGUAAUUAACUCACAUCUUUUUUUUAAUUAUGUAGCUUUUGAAAAGGAUUUAUUUUUAUUACAUUAUGGUAUAGCUCAGAAGUUUUCCUUCCCCAGUGAAACGUUCUGUAAAUUACUGUUAGUACUUCUACUCCAAAUAACGUAGUCAGUUUUUUAAAAAAAAAAUCAGGGCUGGCUAAUCAAAAAUUCUGUCCCCCUAUCAAGAUCUUUUGAGUCUGGUUAUUAAUUUAUUGUAGGUUUUGUACCAUUUCAAUGCCUUUAGUUCUGUAGGCAACAGGUAAGUCUUACCCUUGGUUAGUAAAUCUGCUUGUUUUAUCUUUACCCUUGCCCCCACAUUUUUCUUUGCAGUGCCAAGAAAGUCUGAUUGCAUGUAACACUACUUUUGAAACCCAGCACAUAACCUGCUUGCUGUCUGAAGCAAACGUAAUGCCUCUGUGUUUAAAAAUAAAGGCCACUGUGAGUAAAAGGCCAACCUAUACAUUUCUCAAUUAAUUCACAGUCUCAAUGUCUAAGGCAUGUAAUUUGCCCUCCUGAUUCCAGAGGGGAGUCCUGUUCCCUUGAAUGCUGAGUACUCCAGGAGUUUUCAUCUGGAGCUCUGGAUGAUCAGUACCUUGCCAGUUAAGGUUUUGUGGAACAGAUUUACAGAAGCAGCUCAGUUUUCAUUUUAAGUGUCAAAGUGGCCAAAUUUUCAGCCUUUGGUCAUUACUGUCACAUGCAGGAAGGGGGCAAUAUUUGAUAUAGCAGAAGGAGGCAGCUAUCAUUUAGAAAGCACUGUUAGCCUGUGGCAAUUUAAAUUAGUCUUGAAGCCUAUUUCCUUAUGCUUGAUGCUGUUAGAACACUUGAGAGCUUGGCUUUCUGUGAUCUUACAGCAGUCAAUUUCUAACCUUGGGUGGUUUGUAACCUUAAUGCUGUCUGUGGGCCCUAAUGUGUUCAGCCAUUUUUCAUCCUUCACCAAAAGCAAAGGAUAAAAUUAAGCAAAAAUAGAUUAAAUUAAUUUUAAAAUAGAAAUCAAAUAUAUACAUAUAUCCAUCUCACUUAUGAUUAUGACUACUACUUCACAGAGUGAGGGUGUUGGGGGUUCCAGCUGUUCUUCUUAAAACAGGAAACUAUAAACCUUACCUUCGUUUUGUGAAUGAGGAAAAAGAUAAAGUAAUUUUAAGUAACAUUUUAAUUUACAGAAAUAUUCUGUCUUUAUUGAGAGAUUAUCUCUCCCCUCUUUCCCUUCUCCUUACCUCCCAACAAAACAAAAGUAGUAAAAUUGGUCCCAAGUUCCAUGAACACUUACUUAAUUUUACAUAUGAGAGUAAUCCCACAGUUGUAAAAUUAAAAGGUAUGUUAACCGGUUAAAACAAGGCAUAUAUUCACAUGUAAAAUUAAGUCUGUUCUUAAGUGUGUUUGCAAGAUUGGAACCUUAAAAAAAA